UUCCGGCUUUCCGUCCGCCGCGGCCGCCAUUGGCUGGGUUCGGCGCAGCUAACAGAAGGCAGCAGUGCGAGAAAGCCGAGGAUGGCGGUGCCGGCGGCGCUGAUCCUACGGGAGAGCCCCAGCAUGAAGAAAGCAGUGUCACUGAUAAAUGCAGUAGAUACAGGAAGAUUUCCACGGUUGCUCACUCGGAUUCUUCAAAAACUUCACCUGAAGGCUGAGAGCAGUUUCAGUGAAGAAGAGGAAGAAAAACUUCAAGCGGCAUUUUCUCUAGAGAAACAAGAUCUUCACCUAGUUCUUGAAACAAUAUCAUUUAUUUUAGAACAGGCAGUAUAUCACAAUGUGAAGCCAGCAGCUUUGCAGCAGCAAUUAGAGAACAUUCAUCUUAGACAAGACAAAGCUGAAGCAUUUGUCAAUACGUGGUCUUCUAUGGGUCAAGAAACAGUUGAAAAGUUCAGGCAGAGAAUUCUGGCUCCCUAUAAGCUGGAGACGGUUGGAUGGCAGCUUAACCUUCAGAUGGCUCACUCUGCUCAAGCAAAACUAAAAUCUCCUCAAGCUGUGUUACAACUCGGAGUGAACAAUGAAGAUUCAAAGAGAAUUUUAGACCAUUAUCCCUGAUGAACAUCGGUGCAAAAAUCCUCAAUAAAAUACUGGCAAACCGAAUCCAGCAGCACAUCAAAAAGCUUAACCACCAUGAUCAAGUGGGCUUCAUCCCUGGGAUGCAAGGCUGGUUCAACAUACACAAAUCAGUGAACAUAAUCCAUCAUAUAAACAGAGCCAAAGACGAAAACCACAUGAUUAUCUCAAUAGAUGCAGAAAAGGCCUUUGACAAAAUUCAAUAGCCCUUCAUGCUACACACUCUCAAUAAAUUAGGUAUUGAUGGGAUGUACCUCAAAAUAAUAAGAGCUAUUUAUGACAAACCUACAGCCAAUGUCAUACUGAAUGGGCAAAAACUGGAAGCAUUCCAUUUGAAAACUGGCACAAGACAAGGAUGCCCUCUCUCACCACUCCUAUUCAACGUAGUGUUGGAAAUUCUGGCCAGGGCAAGCAGGCAGGAGAAAGAAAUAAAGGGUAUUCAAUUAGGAAAAGAGGAAGUCAAAUGGUCCCUGUUAGCAGAUGACAUGAUUGUAUAUCUAGAAAACCUCAUCGUCUCAGCCCAAAAUCUCCUUAAGCUGAUAAGCAACUUCAGCAAAGUCUCAGGAUACAAAAUCAGUGUGCAGAAAUCACAAGCAUUCCUAUACGCCAAUAACAGACAAACAGAGAGCCAAAUCAUGAGUGAACUCCCAUUCGCAAUUGCUUCAAAGAGAAUAAAAUACCUAGGAAUCCAACUUACAAGGGAUGUGAAGGACCUCUUCAAGGAGAACUACAAACCACUGCUCAAGGAAAUAAAAGAGGACACAAACAAAUGGAAGAACAUUCCAUGUUCAUGGAUAGGAACAAUCGAUAUCGUGAAACUGGCCAUACUGCGCAAGGUAAUUUAUAGAUUCAAUGCCAUCCCCAUCAAACUACCAAUGACUCUCUUCACAGAAUUGGAAAAAACUACUUUAAAGUUCAUAUGGAACCAAAAAAGAGCCCGCAUUGCCAAGACAAUCCUAAGCCAAAAGAACAAAGCUGGAGGCAUCACGUUACCUGACUUCCGACUAUACUACAAGGCUACAGUAACCAAAACAGCAUGGUACUGGUACCAAAACAGAGAUAGAGACCAAUGGAACAGAACAGAGUCCUCAGAAAUAAUACCACACAUCUACAACCAUCUGAUCUUUGACAAACCAGACAAAAACAAGAAAUGGGGAAAGGAUUCCCUAUUUAAUAAAUGGUGCUGGGAAAACUGGCUAGCCAUAUGUAGAAAGCUGAAACUGGAUCCCUUCCUUACACCUUAUACAAAAAUUAAUUCAGGAUGGAUUAAAGACUUAAAUGUUAGACCUAAAACCAUAAAAACCUUAGAAGAAAACCUAGGCAAUACCAUUCAGGACAUAGGCAUGGGCAAGGACUUCAUGACUAAAACACCAAAAGCAAUGGCAACAAAAGCCAAAAUUGACUAAUGGAAUCUAAUUAAACUCAAGAGCUUCUGCACAGCAAAAGAAACUACCAUGAGAGUGAACAGGCAACCUACAGAAUGGGAGAAAAUGUUUGCAAUCUACCCAUCUGACAAAGGGCCGAUAUCCAGAUGUCCAGAAUCUACAAAGAACUUAAAUUUACAAGAAAAAAUCAAACAACCCCAUCAAAAAGUGGGUGAAGGAUAUGAACAGACACUUCUGAAAAGAAGACAUUUUUGCAACCAACAGACACAUGAAAAAAUGCUCAUCAUCACUGGCCAUCAGAGAAAUGCAAAUCAAAACCACAAUGAGAUACCAUCUCACACCAGUUAGAAUGGCUAUCAUUAAAAAGUCAGGAAACAACAGGUGCUGGAGAGGAUAUGGAAAAAUAGGAACACUUUUACACUGUUGGUGGGACUGUAAACUAGUUCAACCAUUGUGGAAGACAGUGUGGUGAUUCCUCAGGGAUCUAGAACUAGAAAUACCAUUUGAUCCAGCCAUCCCAUUACUGGGUAUAUACCCAAAGGACUAUAAAUCAUGCUGCUAUAAAGACACAUGCACACGUAUGUUUAUUGUGGCACUAUUCACAAUAGCAAAGACUUGGAACCAACCCAAAUGUCCAUCAAUGAUAGACUGGAUUAAGAAAAUGUGGCACACAUACACCAUGGAAUACUAUGCAGCCAUUAAAAAUGAUGAGUUCUUGUCCUUUGUAGGGACACAGAAGAAGCUGGAAACCAUCAUUCUCAGGAAACUAUCGCAAGGACAGAAAACCAAACACCGCAUAUUCUCACUCAUAGAUGGGAAUUGAACAAUGAGAACACUGGGACACACAGAGGGGAACAUCACAAACUGGGGCCUGUCGUGGGGUGGGGGGAGGGGGGAGGGAUAGCAUUAGGAGAUACACCUAAUGUAAAUGACGAGUUAAUGGGUGCAGCACACCAACAUGGCACGUGUAUACAUAUGUAACAAACCUGCAUGUUGUGCACAUGUACCCCAGAGCUUAAAGUAUAAUAAUAAAAAUUUU